ACCACUAUCUAAGAGUUGUUACAAUGAAUUCAGUGAUGACCACAAGCGAUAACUCCUUGAUACUGAUGUCGAUAAACGGCGACAGCAGAAGUGCUUCACCCGUAUCGCCGACACCGUUAAGAGAAAUACGCGGCAUCCGGCUGUUCCGCGCAAUCAGCAGAAAACUGACGCGACGGUCGCAGGAAGACUUCAACUUCACCGUGGACGCCGACAGCAGAAGCUCGAGUUCGGACUCGUGUUCCUCCACGUCGGCGGGACGGUGUUCGAGACUGAAGAAGACUGAGAAGAAUUUCUCCGGCGAUUCCGGCUUCGGUUCCGUAUCGCCGAACCACAUGUCGAGCAGUUCAAGUGAGGCCGGCAGUGACAUUACACCCAGACACCGGCACCACCAUUCGACGUCUGCGGAGAGCAUAAGGAAGGUGUUUCAGAAUUUGAAUCUCAACACCAGAUCGCAGAGCUGCAACAACACCAAGGAGACGAAGAGGAAAUCCAACAAGAAGACGACCCCGAAGAGGAUUCUGCGUGCCCCCGUCUCUUAUACUUAUGUCAAAGGACUUUCCGGUUUGCCCACUCAGCGUAUACCCAAAAAUCAAACUAGACUCUACAGUGUGAAAAACGCUUGUGGAUGUAGCAUGCAAUAUAUGGCUGGUUUACAAAGAUAAAUGCUUUGUCUUUGUUACAUUAUGUUGUGUAAAUACUUAGCAAUAUAUUGCAUUAUCGACUCAUAAAAUCAAGACUGUAAGUGGACGAUAUAAUUAUAUCAUUAUAUAUCGUCCACACUUAAUAUAAUAAGACUUAUAUAAGAUAAACUUUUUUAUAAAUAACAUAUACUCUAUAAAUUUAACAAUGUAUACUUUAUUGAAGGGACUCAAUAGUGUUAUUGAAUUUAAAAAUAUUACUGAAACUCCAAUUAUAGCCUAUUAUCCAUUUCUCUCUGCAUUUACUGUACAGUUGCACCAAUUGUCAAUUCGACGCAUUCCGUAUUAUAUUACUGACUAUGAUAUAUUUUAGUUUUAGAUGAAUGACAAUUUUACAAUUUACUACUGUU